AUGUUCAUCUUGACGCUGUGUCGUUGGUACAGUGCUUUGAGGCCCGACGAGACUCAACAACAACAGCAACAGCAAGAACAAAUGAGCAGUUUGGCGAUGACGCAGGAAGAAACAGAUAAUGAGGAAUCCCAGAAUCGGAGACCCGAAUUUUUUCUGGAAACCUCACCGCUUACAACGGAAGAUGAUUUUUGUUCACAUCCAACUGUUGAUAGGAAUGUACCAAAAAAUUUUUCGAAUUGUGCAACUUCCUGGCUAACCAAAGUGGGGGAGUGCUUAGACGAAGAAGGCAAAUUUCCUGUAGACUUUAACACAACUUAUGAAUCGUUUAAUGAAGUUAAGGAAUCAACGUGCGCAGCGAAAGAAGGAAAGCUCGAGAUGCACCAGGGUUUGGAUCAAAGUACGGAGGUUUGGGAAGAAACAGUUGGAAAUGAUGGUGUCCAUAAAGCGGAUAAUUCAUUCACGGGUUCUGUUGCAAGAAAGGAAAAAAUCAUUGCAGAAAUCACAAGCUUCUUGGAUACUUUGGAUGCUACAACAGAACACGGAAGCGAACACGAAACAAUGAGUCAUCAUGAGUUUAUUGACACAUUGGAUGAGGGCGAAUUCUAUCUGCAUGACCAUAUUUGCCCUUCACUAUCGUCACCAUCGUCCUCCGGAAGCUACGAUCCGUGUAUUCAGGCAUCCUCGUCGUUGCCGCAUUUCGCGGAAUGUCCCCCGGAAUGUCAUCCAUCAUCUCGUGUCUUGCACUCUUCGCUAGUUUUGAAAUCUCCUAGCUUUCCACAGUGCAUUCCGGAACUGUUGCCAACUUCUUGUCCAUCGCCGCAUCGUUAUCCAUUCUCGAUUUCGGAUGGUCCCUGCAACUCUACGAAUUUGCGCUCUAGAACUGGGACACCGCUUGGCACGCACUCAUCGAAUUUUGAGUCACCUCAAAGCAGCGGUUACGCAUUCUGUCAAGCUUCGAGUGUUACAUCUCCAGACGGUGACGCAUCAUCGAUUUUUCACGGAAAACAACGACUGUGUAAUGGUAGUGCUACAAAAGUGUCCGGUGAUGUAGUUACUCAGAAGACCAGAAUUAAAGCUGGAAUGUCGGGUCAGAGACUUCUGGCUGGUUUUAAGUUAUUUGGCCGGAAAUCAGAUCCCACCAAUGAGCUUCGUUCGAAAAAAGAUGCUGUGACAGCGGAUAAUCGUGAAAAGUUUUCCAGUUUGCGGUCUGGACCUUCUUAUACCGAAUGUAUAAAGCAUUCAAGUCCCGAGUCGAAAUUUACAUCCCACAGUCAAAACUCGGCCACGAAUUUGAAGCCGUACAUUCCGGAUUACCAAAAUUUACCUGGAAAUCACUCUUGUAUCAGUAAAAUGGCUGUACUGGAUUUGAAUCUCGAGGAGGGACCUCAAGAAUUUAAGGAACGGAUAUAUGACCAAGCUUUAUCGAACCUGAGGUCUAAAAGCAAAACCUCGGAACGCGAGAAACGAAUUUAUGAUCGAGCUACCGCGAAUCCUAAUCAUGAUAACAAGGAUCCGGCAUAUGAGGGACAGUUUUUUGCUGCUCCUAAUCUGUAUUCUGAUGAUGAACUCACAGAAUUUAAAGAAACAUUUUAUGAUUUACCUGAUUCUGUAUUAAAUCGUGAUACCGGAGAAGUGUCAUGCUAUUACGGUAUUCCACUCCUGGAUGAGACUGUCGACAAAAAAAUGCAUUCCAGGUUGACAGUUUUUUGUUUCAUAAAUCUUUCUUUGUUGAAAGUGUGGAAACAGGAUUGGUAG